AUGCUGCGUUCCUCCUUGUGCUACGUACGUUUAGUAACAACACCUAAACGGUUCCUAAAACAUAAACGCCCUGGAGAUAAGAUGAUUCCACCACCACACUCCAUAUCAUUAACCGUUGUUGGCAAUGGACGUGCUGGUUCCUCGAAAUCGAUGCUCAUUGACACAGGGGUAUGUCGUUAUUUGGUCAACUGUGGUGAGUCAACGCAAAGAGUCUUGGCAGAAUAUCGGUAA